GGCGGCGGUUGCGGUCAGGUAUCGUUGAACGGCGGAGCUCAUCCCGACAGAGUAGGAUGCUGCGUUUGCGAUGUAAAGCAAAGAAUGGGACUCACCUGAUGCAGGGGCUGACUUUGGUUUCCAGUGUCCAAGAAUUGAAAGAUAAGAUAGAAGAACUCACUGGAAUUCCAUGUGAAGUUCAGAAAAUCCUGGUGGGUUUUCCUCCAUCCAGUCUCGAUCUUCGUAAUGGAGAUGUACCUCUUCAGGAGUUUCCUAUCAAAUCUGGAGACACUUUGAUUGUGGAAGAAGAAAAGGACAAAUCGAAUACCCAAAGUGCUGUGUCAAAUUCCAGUGCCAAGCAUUCAAUAUUGGAGACCCUGCCACUGCUGAACCGACAUGUUGUUCCUGCAGAUAAUUCCUGUCUCUUCACCAGCAUCCACUAUGUUGUGGAAGGAGGGAUUCAUGAGCCUAACUGUGCUCCGGAAAUGCGUAACCUGAUCGCACAGAUUGUGGCACGUAACUCUGAUGCCUACUCCGAAGCUGUACUAGGGAAAAGCAAUUGGGAAUACUGCAACUGGAUUCAACAGAAUGACACGUGGGGAGGAGCUAUUGAAAUCUCCAUUCUGUCCAAGUUUUACCAGUGUGAGAUCUGUGUGGUGGACACGCAGACCGUCCGAGUAGACAGGUUUGGGGAGGACGAAGGUUACACCAAGCGCGUCCUUCUCAUUUACGAUGGAAUUCAUUAUGACCCUCUCCAGCGCCAUUUUGCAGACCCUGAAUCGCCCCCGCAGACCAUAUUCUCCACCUCGGAUGAUGUUGUACUUGCUCAGGCCCUGGAGUUGGCAGAUGAAGCUAGACAAAAACGUCAGUUUACCGAUUUGAACAGAUUCACGCUACGAUGCAUGGUGUGCCAGAGGGGGUUGGUGGGCCAGGUAGAAGCUAGGGAUCAUGCUAAAGAAACGGGACACACCAACUUUGGGGAGGUGUGAUAGCCACAUGAACAUCAUCUACCUCAUAUUACCAGAAUGUACUGGGAUGGCUGUUGAGUUUUAUGAGUGAAACGGAACGUGUGCAUUUGGGAUGAUUAAACCAUGAGCUGAUCAAAUGACUGGUAUUUUAAAAGCUUGGCCCUCAUUUUUGAGCCCCCUGUUUACUUUGUGAGGGCCUUUUAUAUAUAAAAAGCAUGACUUCACUCAUUUGAGUUUAUUUUAUUGAGUCUUAGAAGGUUUCUGCCUUAAUAGUCACAGAACAUGUUAACUGUUAAUGUUGUGGCAUAUUUAUUGUCUGGGAAUUAGAAACUAAUAUAUAGGUUUCUGGUGUUUUUUAAUGGUGAAAUUGAACUCCUUUCCAGCUUAGAUGGACAAUUGUUCAAAUAUAAUGUUAUAAAUAUUUUAAGCAAACUCCAUUUGCAGUGUAGCCAUUAACACUUUGGAGACUUUUGUUGAUGAAGAAAAUAAAUCUGGGUGGAUUAUUGUAGAUUUUUCAAUUUCUUAAACAGGCCCAUUUCUCCACUCGCUGAGUGAGUUCAGUGUUCCAGGUAAUACAGAUUUUCUUAAAUUUUUAAGUGCCCUUCUAUAACAGUUUUGUGAUCAGCUCAUGGAAACCACAGGCAUACCUUGAAAUUACCUUAGCUACUGAUUUCUCUCUACAUUUGUAAGCAGGAUCAUUUAAUUGAGUCACCAUCAUGGUUUUAUAUAUUUUCAAUCGCCUUAGCAACUGAAUGAAAUAUCAGGGUUGUAUCACUUAAGUGUUGCACACUGUUGUUCCUGCAAUAUUUGCGGCUGUUACAUUUCAUGUUUUAACUUAAAAUAUUUAUGAUCAUCGCGUGUAUUUUAAAGGAGCAGAGCUGUUAGAUAAAGAUUUGUAAGCAGCAAUCUAAGAACGUUUCCAUUAUCAUUUUGACGUGCCUAUUUUUACAGCUUUAAAUCCUUUAUCUCUGGCACAUCAUUCAGAAUCUGUCCAGUGCCUCUGAGGUUAUUUUGUGUGAGUUCCAUCAAGUACAAAGUUCCAAAACCAGAAAGGUUUCUGGUCAUUUUGGUGGCACGUGAGUGGUGUCUGUUCAGCUCAUUUUCUGUCAUAAUUUUACUGAAAGACAUGUAACAAUGUUAUUCUAAAAGUAUGGUAUCAUCACAAAGCCACAUUUGGGAUUGCAAAUUAUAUUUAAUUUUCUAGUUUGAUUAGAAACUCAAAUUAAAAAUGGAGAAAACUACACUGCACAAGUUGCAGUGUAAACAUAUCUAGAUGUCCAUUUUUUUUUGCUGUAGCAGAGCUUUUGGUGAUUUUUUUUGUGCUCAUUAAGGUGAAGGGUGUUAGACUGGGAAGUGGAAAUGCUUUUUCAUUUGGGGGCAUCUACUAUUAGCAUCCAACACUUACAAGUCUGUAAGGAUAUGGCGACACUGUAACUCAAUGGCUCUACCCCAUGAAUGUGCCUUAUCUCCCACCUCAGAAGCGAUCCUAUCCAUUGUAUGUGCCGCACAUUCCACCCCCAAUCCAGCUGUCAGGUACCUCUGUGAUUGUAAGAGCCAGUGUAAGCCAGUUUUGUCCUACAGCAGACCCACAGAGAGAACUGAUUUCAAAUUCCUCAAACUCAUUUAGUUUGGGUCCCUUCCACCCUUCUAGAUAACAGGCAGAUGAGACUUUAAUCUUAAACACGUGGGCUGGAUUCAAACUUGUGGCUUUGAAACAAUCUCCGAGCCACCCGGUUACCUUUGGGGACGAUUUGAAGUGCGAGUUCGCAACGACAACUCCUUUAAAAUGCAUCGUACUUUUAAUAGUAAAAGAAAAUGGGUGAAGGUCAAAACCAGAUAAGUGUUGACUUGUUUAAAUACAUGAAUUGCCCUAAAUUGGUACCAGCGAUAGUUUUAUUAUUAUUAUUAUUAUUACACAGGAUAUGAUUUUUUAAAAAUCGCUGCAGUGUUACAAAGAGCCUGCAGGCGGCGCCAUACCUCAAUCAUUUAAUUUCUAGAAUUAAAACAAAAAUGCUGGAAAUAUGUUGUCCGAUCAAUAUCUGAAAGUUAAAGGUAGGAUAGAAUUGAAUGGACAGUUUUCUGCACGUGUUGCUUCACAGCCCGUAGAAUUUUCCUGAAGAGUGAAGCUCAUGUUCAGUGAACGCAUCUUAUCUUCAUUAUGUAGCCACAGUUUACUUAGAGGCCCAGUUUACAUUUUUAAAAAAAAUGACAUCAAAUUCCCAAAAGUCAGGAGGCCAAUAAUGUUAAAUUCAUGACUGGCGUCGAGACGUCACAACCUUGUUCAGGAAUUGUUUUGCUUGGUGCCUGUAUUGGCGGAUGAGUGCAGCGUGAAUAUGCGUGAAUAUAUACGGUGGUAGUUUUAUGUAAGACGAGCUACAGAACUGGUGUCACUGUUUAAAUGACUGGUUUUCUGUUGGAAAGCUAGGGUAUCAGGUAAAAAGACGUUGUAGUGAAUAAAUGUGACUUAACUGAGCAAUCAGUAUUUAAAAACUUUGGUAAACAAUUUAGCAUAAUACUCUGUGAAAGUCCACCAUGGAAAUAAAGGAAAUAUAUAGCUAGGGAUUUCCUACAAGACAUAAAGUUACCGUAUUAAUACCCUCUGAGUCAUAAGAUGCCUUUCAAAACUGGAAACUCACUCGUACACGUGGCGUCCUUUAUCAUGAUAUUUAACGCACUUCCCAUUUCACACUUUCACUACUAGUCAUUUUGAGCAGUAAUUUCUUCCCUAAAACAACUCUUGAGCAUAGUACCAUGACAUGUAAUAAUAAUAAUAAUAAUCCUUGCAUUUGAUAUAGCGCUUUUCA